AUGGGCAUAACGAACUUCAUUAAUGCCAGUUUUAUCAGUGGAACAGGAUUGGCCGGAAACAGCACUGAGGCCGACGACAAUUUCACGUGCGGUGUAACUGGAACUCCGUUAUAUGUUGGAGGUAUACUGAUCUGUUGUUUCGGAUUGCUCUUUAACGGUGCAUUUGUUUUCGUGUUCACUCGCGUACGCUACAUGAAAACACUGACGAACGCGUAUUUAGUGAACUUGGCUUCAUCUGACAUGCUACUGCUGUUGAGUGUUUUAUUGGUUUAUGUGAGCAUACUCGUAGGUCGUGUCAUCACUCGGGAUCUAAACUGUGCGAUCAACUGUGUACAUACGAUGCUGUUAUUCGUAUCGCUAUGGGUUGUUACCAUCGUCAGCAUCGAAAGAUACCUGGGGAUUUGCAACCCACUGAAGGCCAUGAUGCUAAAAACAAAAGGCCGUGUAAUGUCUCUCAUCUGCACAACCUGGCUAUUGGGCGUGCUAUUUGCUAUGCCGAGAAUUCUACAAUGCACUGUACUAAAAUCAUACCAUGCGAUGUUACAAAAUGCAGAACACGCGGUGUAUAUUACUUAUGCGUUAAUGUUUCUCGUUGCCAUGGUUACCGUCGCUACUAUGUACGCUCUGACAAUUAAAACUUUCAGACAGUCUGCUAUGAUGUUGAGGGAUCGUAAACAGUCAAAAAAAGUCAAAUCAGAUGAGAAGCAAGUACUUGUUACGUGUAUGGCUAUCUCUGUGGUGUUUUUCAUCUGUAUGUUCCCAGCAUUUUAUAAGUAUUUAAUGCUCGUAAUAUGGAACAUGUCCGGCUCAGACGAAUCACAUUGGCAUUUUACAAUCUGUAUGUCCGCUUUGUCUAGGUGGUUCUUACUGAUUAACUCAUCUAUAAAUCCACUGAUAUAUACUAUCACGAGCAAAGGCUGCCGAAGGGCGUUCUGUAUAGCGUUUCGGUAUCGGCAUUAUGAAUAUAUGGGCCCCAUGCGUUCCACGUCUAUAAACGGUGCCACUAUGAUGAGCAAUGUUAAUGCCGGUCACUCCGGGUAUACAUAUAAGCAAAGAUCAUCGAGCUCAAAAGAAAUGAGCGUAUAA